CUUUGGCAUAGGCCAGUCACAUUUGUGAUUAUUUUGGCACAAAAAACUAGUAUCUAGUACUAAUAGAAGAGUAUUCACAGAAUCCAAAUAGUGGGGAAGUCAUUUUUGCUAAAAGGAUUAAAUCCAACUGCACCACGUCUUACUGAGAUGAUUGAAUGAUAAACUAAGCAGCAGUUGAGUCUGUAAGCAAAUCCAGACAUCCUCCAUUUACAGAAACACAUUUCACUGGAUUAUACAUGCAUUAUAUAUGCAUAAUGUUUGCAUGUUUUUUUGGGUUUGCAUGUUUGCAUUUACCCAAAGUUAUAUUCGGUGUCUCUUUCUUUCUCUCCAUCUCUCUCCAGCUCAGGUAUCAAAGGAAUUUUCGGGGCCAUCCGAAUGUGGGCCAAAGUGGCUCAACAGAUGAGGACACGGUUCCCUAGUGAUGCAUGGAGGUCCAGCAGCUGCAUUGCCAUUUCAGCAACAUAUUUACCCCCAGGCUGUGGGGCUCCCAUUGGGUGACCUGCAGGUUCAAGUUCCCCUCUUGACUCAAAGCUCCAACAUGUCUGAACCCGUUCCUCUGCUACACUGUGCUCCGGGUCCUGUUGCCAGUCAUGCUCAAAGAUGGAAGGAGCUGAAGGUGGACAUCAGCUCCCCCUGUAAUACAACGAAGCCUGCCUUACAGCGGAAUGGACACUGUGAACGCAGACAGAGUUCAGACAUGGCUCCUGCAACAGGUCGCCACGUGGAUAAAUGCAGCUGCAACCAUCUCCCAGCACCUGUGAACGCAUCACAGGACUCUUCCUUGGAUCUGCUAAGAAUAGUAAAGCACAAGCCAAGUACCAUUGUGUUCUGUGAUAACGAUUGUAGCACUGACAACCAGGUGAUCUCUGAGGUUGGAGAGUCCUCUUCAUCCACCACUGAGGAGGGAGAGGGCGACGAUAACGAGGACGACGACUUUCCUCGGGCGUCACAAUAUCAGGAAUUCCUGGUCAGUCGUCAGCGUAGAAACUUGAGCAGGAACAGGAAGUGCUCGAGGAAGAGACAGGAAGCACAGCCUAAUGGCGCAGCAUCUGGCAGCUGGCAAAAGCCCACCAACAAGGGAAAACCUGAGUUGACAGGUAGCCAGGAGGAAGAGGAAACACCGCAGAACAAUGGACAACAGGCUGCUGAGUGUGACUCCAUGACCCUGCUGAUGAAAAAGUUGGAUGACCUCAAUGAGGGCGUCCAGGAAGUCCAAAGCGCUGAUUCGUCCCAUUCAGACGUGGCCGAUGCUGACGAGGAGCAGCAGAGCAGCACGAGGGCUUCGGUUGUGGGCAGGACGGCGAUUCGGGAUAAGGGAACCGCCAGAGCUGCGGAGAAGCUUGAGCCACUGACCAGGCGGGGCUCCCGACCGUUGACCCGCAGCAGGCCGCUGACCCGCUCGUCGCUCUCGUCCCCUACACAUCUCCAUGCUCGACGGGUCAGGGCUGCUGCCAGGAUGACCAGCGGAUCCGCAGUGAGUCCAGACCCCGACGUACAGGACUUCAUCCGCCCCCGCUGGUGCAGGAAGGUGACGCAGCUCGAGAGGAGCCUCGUACCAGGUGAAGCGGUGACGACCAUUGCGGCAGCCAGACGCAGCAGCCCGGGGCGCUCCGUCCCAGCCAGACCGCCGGGGCUGUUCACAGUGGAAUAA